UCUGUGAAUAGGUUCCCAGAUUUAUGCAGUAAACUCAACCCUAUUUUCCAGGGAUUAGUUCAUUUACCUCUGACAAAUAAAAAUGUGCUAAGUCAUCUCUGUUUACCUCAGCCUUGAUUAAGACAUCUGAGCCCCCUGCAUAAAAGUGAUAAACUGUCUGUCUGGUGUACACCAUUUGUUAUUGUCCAGAACAUUUGAAGGUUGGAACAAUGUUUUUAAUCGUUGUCAUCAGUUUUUCUUUAUCAACAGUAGUCGUUCAAAUGGAGCCCAACGUGGACUCCUCGUACAUUGCUGCUGUGUAUGAACACAACGUCAUCCAGGCCAGUGACCCUGUUAUCCCCGUUUCCCGCUCUGAUGCCCUGAGGAACAUGCAGAAAAACCUGGAUAUCUACGAGGUGCAGGCUGCCAAAGCCGCCAAACAGGAUGUCCAAAUCCUGGUGUUUCCAGAAGCUGGUAUUCUGGGUUUCUUGUUCACCACCCGGUUAUCCAUUUUUAACUACCUGGAAACCAUUCCUGACCCCCAGAAGGAGAGCUGGAAUCCCUGCACUGAACUGGGAAAAUACAACAACACUGAGGUUCUCCAGAGGUUGAGCUGUAUGGCCCGUAAUCACAACAUCUACCUGGUGGCUAAUAUGGGCGACCUUCAGCCCUGCCCCAUGAUGACUGACCUCUCCUCCUCUUGUCCCCCUGAUGGACACUGGCAGUUCAACACCAACGUGGUUUUCAGAUCGGAUGGCCUGCUGGUGGCCCGAUACCAUAAACAACACCUCUACAGAGAAAUCUACUUUGACCCACCGCCGAAACCUGAGAUCAUAACGUUUGAUACACCUUUUGCCGGGAAGUUUGGUCUCAUCACCUGUUUUGACAUCAUUUUCUACCAGCCUACAAUUGAACUGAUUGAGAAGGGUGUGCGUCAGCUGAUCUUCCCCACAGGCUGGUUAAACACGUUCCCUUUCUUGGACUCAGUUCAGUUCCAGAGUGCAUUUAGCUUAGGUGCCAAUGUCACCCUGCUUGCGGCAAACCUUCGUAAAGAAACAGUCCCCAUCACUAGUGGAUACAAGACCAUGACAGGAAGUGGCAUCUACACUCCUGAUUCUGCUACGUACCACCACGCCCAGAAAGGAGACCCAGAGGAGGGCAAGCUGCUGGUGGCUAGUGUGCCAGUCCCACAGUGGGUGGGGCAGAACGUGGACACAGAGAAGGGGUCAGUUAGGGCUCCUAAAACAGUUUCUUCAGUUCCUCCUUCGUCUUCCACCUUUCACUCAUCCGUGAAAUAUGACCCACUUACAUUUGUCCUCUUGACGGAGACAGAGGGCAAAGUCAACGUGUGUAAUGGCACAUUUUGCUGCCACCUGCAGUACCGGCUGAUUCCACAAGGCGACAGUAACGAGCUCUACGCAUUGGGAGCAUUUGCUGGAAAACACAACGAAAGAUUCUUCAUCCAGGUGUGUGCACUCAUCCGCUGUGCAGGGAAUGACGUCAGUUCCUGUGGACAGGAAGUACUGGAGGCUGAGUCUAAAUUUGACUUUGUUUUGGAGGGGACUUUUGGGACCACAUAUGUGUACCCAUCAGUUUUGGCCAGCAGAUUUGUCCUAGAGUAGCCAAAGACAAUUGAAAAAGCUCCUGAUGGCAGAGUGACCAUGAAACACUCAAACAUGACCGGUGGGCUGGUCACCUCCAGUCUGUACGGACGGGUGUAUCACCUGGAUAAUGAAUGAUCUGCUUUUGAAUGGAUGGGUGUCAGGAGAAAAGUAUGAAGUUCAUUUAAAGGUUCAAUGGAAAAUAAGAAUACACUGAGAUAAAGACUCCGUCACGAGCCCUUACGUUAUGGCCGAUUUGAAAAGUGUUUCAGGUUUAUGGACAAUGAUGACAUGUAAUAAAAAUGAAGUGUACAACCAUAAUGUUAAUGACAGGAGGUUUGUAAGUUCAGACAAUAAAGCAAGGAACCUAUAA